GCGCGCGCACUCCCUCCUUCCUCUUUCUCGUCGCGUUCCUGUGACAUCAUCAGCCUUCCUUCCUUCCUUUCCGGCCUGUCUGGCGGCGUGUGAGGAGGUAGUGAUAUAUCUUCUCAGCAUUUUCCUAUUUCACGUUAUCUGUGGCAAGCAAUCUUGUAUUAAACAAUGCAGAACGACGCUGGAGAAUUCGUGGACCUAUAUGUGCCCCGCAAAUGUUCUGCAAGUAACAGGAUAAUUGGGGCAAAAGACCAUGCUUCCAUCCAAAUAAAUAUUUCUGAGGUUGAUAAAGUAACAGGCAGAGUCAACGGCCAAUUCAAAACAUAUGCAAUUUGUGGAGCAAUUCGUAGAAUGGGAGAGUCUGAUGACUCUAUCUUGCGCCUGGCAAAAACCGAUGGCAUCGUUUCCAAGAAUUUCUAGCUGAAAAAGCACAAUGAUAUGGAAUUUGUUAUAAAAUAAAAACUGGGAAACAUCUUUA